CACCUGGAGGGCAGCGCGGCUCCACUCACCCCAGCACCCAGCGCUGCGAGAAGGGACGCUUCCCCUCACCAUGGCGUCCCUGGGGCAGGUCAUCUUCUGGAGCGUAAUCAGCAUCAUCAUUAUUCUGGCGGGAGCGAUCGCACUUAUCAUCGGUUUCGGGAUUUCAGGCACACAUUCCAUCACAGUCACGACUCUCACCUCAGCGGGGAACCUCGGGGAGGACGGAAUCCUGAGCUGCACCUUUGAACCUGACAUCAAGCUGUCUGAUAUCGUGAUACAGUGGCUAAAGGAAGGCGUCAUGGGCUUGGUCCAUGAGUUUAAAGAAGGCAAAGAUGACCUGUCAGACCAGAAUGAAAUGUUCAGAGGCCGGACAGCAGUGUUUGCUGAUCAAGUGAGAGUUGGCAACGCCUCCCUGAGGUUGAAAAAUGUGCAACUCACAGAUGCUGGCACCUACAAAUGUUACAUUGUCACUUCCAAAGGCAAGGGGAAUGCUAACCUUGAGUACAAAACUGGAGCCUUCAGCAUCCCCGAGAUGGAUGUGGACUACAAUGCCAGCUCAGAGAGCUUUCGGUGUGAGGCUCCCCGCUGGUUUCCCCAGCCCACAGUGGUCUGGACGUCUCAAGUUGACCAGAGAGCCAACUUCUCAGAAGUCUCCAACACCAGCUUUGAGCUGAACUCUGAGAACGUGACCAUGAAGGUUGUAUCCGUCCUCUACAACGUCACAGUCAACAACACAUACUCCUGUAUGAUCGAGAACAGCAUUGCCAAAGCCACGGGGGAUAUCAAAGUGACAGACUCUGAGAUUAAAAGGCGGAGUCACCUAGAGCUGCUGGACUCAAAGGCUUCCCGGUGUGUCUCUUCUUUCUUUGCCAUCAGCUGGGUACUCCUGCCUCUCUCCUCUUGCCUGAUGCUAAAAUAAUGUGCCUUAGCCACACAGAAACCUGCACAGUCAUUGGUACGACAGAAUCCCAGCAUUCUGCAGAGCGAUUUCACCACAAGAUAUGACCUAGUUUUAUACUCUUUGGGGGAAAUGAAUUCAUGUCUAGAAGUCUGGAGUGAACAUAUAAGAUCAAGAAGCAGAAAGAAGCCAAAAGUGACCCAUGGAAGACUCCAAUAGGAACAAGCUAUAUCCAUCUUCAAAGACAUGUAUUAAAAGUUGGGAAAAUAAUUCAUCUGAACGGGAGAAGCGUGUUAAGACUGCUAAGUGAAAUGCUCGUGGAGACGAGUGUACCCCCAUAUCUUAGGGACCUCCCCUUACCCAUCCCCAUCUGGGGACGGAGAGGACGGGAUAAUGCAUCUCCUUUGUCUCUGAAUCUUUAGUUAUAUUGCUGUAAUGUUGCUCUGAGGAGAGUCCUAGAAAGUUUCGAUGGCAACACAUCCACGUUUUAUAAUCCACAAGUUAGACCGUAGUGGACACAAUAAAAAGCUGCUAAUCAGCUGCCGCGUCACAAUUCAGAGGUGGCUGCAUUUUAGCGAUGGCUCAGAUGAGUCGUUUUUCAUUAUGAUGCUUCCGAAAGUGCCUUGGCACCUCCUCCCACUGACCAAUGCUAGAGACAUGUGGGAAAUGAUCAUAAUUGUAACAUAGAAAAACAUCGUUGGGUGACACUGAUUUUCUAAAUGUUCUGAGCACCUUGUUUUUUUAACAAACAAAAGCCAUUUCAUUUCUCAGAUGAUGUUCACCCUUCAGUGGUCGGGGAAAGAGCUGUCACCUUGACUGCACGUGGCAUUAUGUCAUCACAAGGUUUGAGGCUUCUGCUUUCUAUCCUGCAUGGACGGCGAUGACCUUGGCUUCCAACAGCAUCUAGAGUAGUGGGGCUCACUCAGCCGGGGCCAUUUUGCAACCUCCUGGGGACAUUGAGAAAUGUUUGGAAACAAUUUUAGUUGUCACAGUUUGGGGUGGUGGGUGCUACUGGCACCUAUAGAGCCCAGGGGUGCUGCUCAACUCCCUGCAAUGUCCAGGACACCAACCCACGACAAAGAAUUAUCCAGCCUAAAAUGUCUGUCAUGCUGAGGUUAAGAAACCCUGAUGUAGAGUAGGAAAAGGUCUAAAAAAGAGAGAGCCAGAACUCAGAACUCAGGGUUCCUGAGGGGAUUAUGUACAGCCGGUUUAGCUUCUAAGUUCCUUUCCUUUCAUUUUUCUCUACAUGGCAAGUUCUGUGAGAGAGCUGCUGGAGUUCCAUCUCAAGUUCUCUCACUCGGAACUUAGACCUCAGAACACUGGCUAGUCAAAACUCAAAUCAAGGCAACAGAGACGUGUAUCUUCGGGAAACACAGACACUUCUGAAAGCAGGGACAAUAGAGCUUUGGGACGAGGCCCUGAGGAAUGAAACUGGUGGGAAAGAAUGUUUGCUUUGCAGCCCUCUCCCGACACUUUUCACGUGGGUGGACACUGCGUCCCUAGCACUUUUGACCUGCCAUGACUAUAUUACAUUUUGUUAUAGAAAAUUUGAUUUUAGAGUUCCGACCAUUCAAG